UUAUGCAUAUAACGUUGAAAUUUUCAGAUUUUUUUACUAAAGAAAUAUUUUGUAAAAUAAUGACUACAAAAAUGCCAUUAGGAUUGUCUAGGAGUACGUUAUUUAGGUCUUUUUCUACUAAUAAAAGAAAGGAUACCGCUGGAAUUUUAGUCAUUGGUGACGAAAUACUAAAAGGUCAAACCGAAGAUACAAAUUCCCGUUACCUAACAAAAGAGAUUUAUAAAAUGGGAGUAAAAGUUAAAAAGAUAUCAGUUAUAGGUGAUGUCGUAAGUGAAGUAAGCGAAGAAGUAAAAUUUUUUUCCAAAUCAUUUGAUAAAGUCAUUACUACAGGUGGAAUUGGACCUACACAUGACGAUAUAACAUUCGAAGCUGUUGCAAAAGCCUUUAACGAACCUUUAGUUUUGGAUCCCACUUUACACAAGUUAUGUAUGAAAUUCUAUAAUACAACUAAUGCUAACAUCCCUGGAAUGAAAAUGGCUUUUAUCCCCCAAUCGGCAAAACUGAAUUUCAAAUCUAAUAUAAGUUCUCAGCCACUUAUUUAUCCCAAUAUAUCUAUACAUAAUGUCUAUAUGUUUCCUGGUAUCCCUGAAUUAUUAAUAAAAACUUUUAGAAGUGUUAAAGAUGGUAUAUUUAGAAAUAACGAACAUUAUUUCACUAAGUGUCUUUAUUUAAAUACAUCAGAAUCGGAUAUUGUACAAAUUUUGGACACAGUUGUUAGACAGCAUCCUGAAGUACAAUUUGGUUCGUACCCUAAACUGAGUAACAAACAAUAUCAGGUGAAAUUAACAAUAGAAUCGAGUUCUGAACAAAAUACAACAUUGGCUUAUGAAAAGUUGCUACAACUAUUACCAGAAGGGUCGAUUGUUAAUAUAAAUGAUAUAGAAGAAAAAUGAAUUUAUUAAAAUGGAAUAUUUUGUUGAUAAAAAUAUUGUAUUAAGUGCAAUUGAUUGUAUUUAUUCAAACAGGUAUCAAAAAUUUCAAGUAAACUUGAUUAAUUAUUAUAGUCCUGUCUUAUUCAUGUCUCAAUAUUUCUGUAAAUUUUGGAAUACAUACAGGACCGGAUUUGAAGGUUUUAAGGCGAUGGGACAACAAAGGAGAGAAGUCACUUCUAAAACAAACAUUUUCUAAGUAAAAUGAACAAUUUUUUUCACUCGAGUUUUGAUAUAAAUUUGAUUAUUCAGUAUUUAACAAUUAUAUAAAUUCGAGAAUUUAUUGAAAUCAAAUUUUAUUGUUAACAAACGGAACCUUCCGAACUUUUUUCGCCAAAAAAAUUGUUGAUUUGGAAGAUUUUAUUGUGAUAUCUCUUUUUUUGGGGUUGGAGGAGGGGGCUGAAGUAGAUCCGGAUACCCUUCCCUAUUCCUGUCCUGUCCUUUAUGUUAUGAAAAACGUGUGAUUAAUAAAAUAUUUGCUACA